UAUUUGAAAAUUUCAGGACUGAUUGAAAUAGCACUUUUCCUAUAGAUAAAAGACUUCUGUGGGUGGCAUUUUGGACCCCCUUGCCUGGCUUCUGCCUCCAGCAGUCACCUAGCCAUACCUACCACCGUAGUCUCCAGCUAGGCCUGACAUCCUUGAUCUCCUAACUUUUGUUCACAUACUUGCCUCUUCGCAGAUUACCCUUCUGUCAUAAAUUCCUGCUUAUUCACAUUCCCAUUGAGAAGACACUUUUACUAUGAGAAUCAGUUUGCUCUGCCUUUGUGAUGAUUCCACCAUGUCUUGAUACUUCUUAACCUCGACUGGUUAUAUUUUGUUUCCUCAACUAAUCCAUAAUCUCACAAGCCAGGUUUGCUUCUUGCUCAUCUUUUCUCUGCUCCAGCACUGCACAAUCCCCUGCACACAACGACAGCACUGACUCAUCACUCCUCUCAGUCCCUAAUGCCAAAAUUACUGACAGUCACUGUCCUGCAUGCUCUGAGCCCAAAUUACCAAAACCCUUGCUCUGACUGCCCCUACUCCAUGUGGGCCAAUUGAUCUCUUUAAUCCCUGGAAAUCUGCUCUUGCACAUGGCAGAUCACUCCUGCUGGACCUUUCUUCCUCUCCGCUCCCUGCUCUGAUAUUCCACACUUCCUGGAAGCUUUGAUCCAAUCACUGUCUCCUCGAAGUCGACUCAGGUUUCCUCUGAGCUCUGUUACAGCGUUUACAUUAAUAACAGCUUACACACAUAUGUACAGACCCUCAGUAGAAAACCACCGUCGUCAGUAUUUUAUUUACCACUCACUACUCUGAACAUAGGUGCUCAGAAGAGGACACCAGUCAGAACGGCAGCGCUUGAGUCACUCCGCGAGCCCCAUCCUGCCCGCUCGACCCUGUGGGGGACGGAGGUCCGGCCCCGGGGCUCCCCAACUUCUAGAGGGCGCAGUGUGCCGGCGUGCGUGCGCUAUGACGUCGUGCUCUGAGCGACGGUCUUCCCUCGGGGCAGCACUCCUGCCACCGGAUUCCGUGCGAGCCUUUAGCUCAUGCUUCAAAUCCUCCCGCAUCCCACAAUGCUUUGCCAGCUGCAUUGCCACAAGGAGAACGUAAACACCGCCCCACAAGACAGCGGCUCAGGAGAAAGUUUGUCCCUCGGCGCGAUCCGUCAUCCAGAGAUCGUUGCUAGGCGCCGACAUCCGCUUCUUUACAUCUGAUUGGAUCUCAGGUAUAAGGCGGGGUUUUCUGCUGUGGGGCGCAUGCGUGCAGAAAAGGAUGGAGGAUUCGGAACCGGAACGGAAGCGGGCUCGUACCGACGAGGCGACUGCCUCCGGAAGCCGUUCCGAGGCGGAGGAAGAAGACGACGAGGACUAUGUGCCCUACGUGCCAUUGCGACAGCGCCGACAGCUGCUGCUCCAGAAGCUGCUACAGCGAAGACGCAAGGGAGCUGCGGAGGAGGAGCAGCAGGACAGUGGCAGUGACUACCGGGGAGAUGAGGACGACAUCCCUCUGGGCCCUCAGUCCAACGUCAGCCUCCUGGAUCAACACCAGCACCUCAAAGAGAAGGCUGAAGCUCGCAAGGAGUCUGCCAAGGAAAAGCAGUUGAAGGAAGAGGAGAAGAUCUUGGAGAGUGUGGCUGAGGGCCGAGCCUUGAUGUCGGUGAAAGAGAUGGCCAAAGGAAUCACAUAUGAUGAUCCAAUCAAAACCAGCUGGACACCUCCCCGUUAUGUCCUGAGUAUGUCUGAAGAGCGGCAUGAGCGUGUACGGAAAAAGUACCACAUCCUGGUGGAAGGAGAUGGUAUCCCACCACCCAUCAAGAGCUUCAAGGAAAUGAAAUUUCCUGCAGCCAUCCUGAGAGGCCUCAAGAAGAAGGGCAUCCACCACCCAACGCCUAUUCAGAUCCAGGGCAUCCCCACCAUCCUAUCCUCUGCCCACAGCCUCUCUGGCCGGGACAUGAUAGGCAUUGCCUUCACGGGGUCAGGAAAGACGCUGGUGUUCACUCUGCCUGUCAUCAUGUUCUGCCUGGAACAAGAAAAGAGGUUACCUUUCUCCAAGCGUGAAGGUCCCUAUGGACUCAUUAUCUGCCCCUCGAGAGAGCUGGCCCGGCAGACCCACGGCAUCCUGGAGUAUUACUGCCGCCUGCUGCAGGAGGACAGCUCGCCACUCCUGCGCUGCGCGCUUUGCAUCGGGGGCAUGUCUGUCAAAGAGCAGAUGGAGACCAUCCGACAUGGUGUGCACAUGAUGGUGGCUACCCCUGGGCGCCUCAUGGACCUACUGCAGAAGAAGAUGGUCAGCCUAGACAUCUGUCGCUACCUGGCCCUAGACGAGGCUGACCGCAUGAUUGACAUGGGUUUCGAGGGUGACAUCCGCACCAUCUUCUCCUACUUCAAGGGCCAGCGACAGACCCUACUCUUCAGUGCCACCAUGCCUAAGAAGAUACAGAACUUUGCCAAGAGUGCCCUGGUGAAGCCUGUCACCAUCAAUGUGGGGCGCGCUGGGGCCGCCAGCCUCGAUGUCAUACAGGAGGUGGAAUAUGUGAAGGAGGAGGCCAAGAUGGUGUAUCUGCUCGAGUGCCUGCAGAAGACACCCCCGCCCGUGCUCAUCUUUGCAGAGAAGAAAGCAGAUGUGGAUGCCAUCCAUGAGUACCUGCUGCUCAAGGGGGUCGAGGCCGUGGCCAUCCAUGGGGGCAAAGGCUCCUGCUGUCACCCUGACAGCUCCCGCCUGACCCUCCCCAGACCAGGAGGAACGGACCAAGGCUAUCGAGGCAUUCCGGGAGGGCAAGAAGGAUGUUCUAGUGGCCACAGACGUAGCCUCCAAGGGCCUGGACUUCCCUGCCAUUCAGCACGUCAUCAAUUACGACAUGCCUGAGGAGAUUGA